AAGAUGAAAAUUAUCGAUUUAGACACACCACCCACAUACCCAUCAUUUGGAUUAACUCAUGCCUUUAAACCUAAUACACAAAGAUCGCAAUCACAAUCACAGUCUACCGAUACAGAAAAUAUAUUAGGCUCUAAUUUUGUUUUAGAUCUUCAAGAAUGCCUUGACCUUCUUACAAAUGUUUUGAAUUCAGCUAGGAGUCAAUAA